AUUUCUUGAAAGUUCAAACACUGUAAAUCACUACUUUUUCCAUGGAGGUCGACAUACAAAUUCCUCAGUUCUUUAUCUGCCCAAUAUCUCUGCAAAUCAUGAGAGACCCGGUGACGACGGUGACUGGCAUCACCUACGACCGAGAAAGCAUCGAGAAGUGGCUACUCACGGCCGGUGAAAACCCAUUAUGUCCGGUCACAAACCAGCCAUUAGCCAAAGACUCCGAUCUAACACCGAACCACACCUUGCGCCGGCUGAUCCAAUCAUGGUGUGCUGACAACGCAUCGUACGGCGUUGACAGGAUCCCCACCCCAAAGCCCCCGCUCGACAAGUUCCGUGUUAUGAAGAUGAUGAGAGAUCUCGAUCAUCCUCACUUGAAAACCCAAGUUUUAAUGCAGUUAGAAAUCCUCGCCACCGACAAUGAUCGGAACCGUAAGUACAUGGUCGAGGCUGGUUUGCCAAAAGCCAUGUUAAUGUUUCUUACCACAUGUUUCAACAAGCGAAAAAUCGAUCGUGGUUUAGAAGAAGCUUUAAAUAUUCUUCGUUUGAUCCGAACUCCAUCGUCGGAACUCCUGGAAAACAAUCAAAUGAUUGAAUCUUUAACGUGGGUUUUAGGGUAUGAUGAAGAAAAUCAAAAUCAAACCUUCAUGGUCAAAUCCUACGCAGGGAUGAUUUUAAAAACCAUAAUCAAAACAGCUAAUUCUCACUUUCUCGAGAGACUAAAACCCGAAUUCUUCCAAACCCUAGUCGGCGUUUUAAGAACAGCUCGUAAAAACAACGUAAGUUACCAAGUUGGGAAUAUCAACACAGUUUUGAACAUCUUACUAAACGUUUGUUCGUGGGGAAGAAAUCGGGUUAUGAUGGUUCAAUCCGGCGCCGUUUUUGAGCUGGUGGAGAUGGAAUUAGACUCGCCGUUAGAUAGAGAAACAACGGAGCUGAUACUGGGGAUAUUAUUUCAUCUUUGUUCUUGCGCGGAGGGACGAGCUGAGUUCCUCAGCCACAGUGGUGGGAUUGCGGUUGUUUCAAAGAGGAUCAUGAAGGUUUCAGAAACGGCAGAUUAUCGUGCCGUUUUGAUAUUGUCGUUGAUCGGUAAGGCGUCGAGUGGAUCGAGCAUUGUUAUCGGGGAAAUGUUGAGGGUUGGUGCAGUGUCAAAGCUUUUCAUGAUUCUUCAGGGUGACUCUGCUGGAUAUUUGAAGAAGAAGGCUAGGGAAAUACUUAGAUUACACUCUGAUGAGUGGAAGAAAUCUCCUUGCUUUGAUGCUUCUCUGUUAAUAAGGUGCGGUGUAAGCACCAGGUGA